AUGCUCAAGGCCAACACACCUUGCACCCAGCAACACAUGGUGGAGAAACUCUGUAGCAUGUUCCAUGAAGUCACCAGCAGCAUGGGCAAGACAGGACAUGUGAAAAUGAAGACUGACAUGGGCAUUAAAGAUACAUACAUGGACGUGUUCAUCACACAGAUCCUCAAGCAUGUCAAAGGCAUUCAUGUGGGAACAGACGGAUUUACUGAGGCUGUCAAUGCAAUUUCACAAGGCCGUUCAGUGGAGGAAUUCAUGAGUCCUGUUUGGAGGAUCAAAGGCCUUGAUCCCCAUCAAGACACCCCUGUGGAAGUCCUGCAUGUCAUCUUACUUGGAUUCAUGAAGUAUUUCUGGGAUGAUGCCAUCUCCAGGAUGAAUGACAAUUAA